AUGGACUGUAGUGGACCGGCCUGGAAUGGACUGCACUGGAAGGGGUUGGACUGUACUGGAUUAGACUGGACUGGAGUGGACUGGACUGGACUGGCCGGGACCGGACAGGACCUGACUGGACUGGACUGGACUGGCCUGAACUGUACUGGCCUGGAGUGGACUGGCCGGAUCGGAUUGGACUGGACUGGACCGGACUCGACUGGAAUGGAGUGA